UCCCUCCCUCUCUUUCUCCCCCUCUCCCCCCCUCCCCAGGUUCGUGAGUGGAGCCCAGCCUUAUAUGGACUGAUCGCUCGGGCAAUGGCCCAUUUUUUCCUCGCCACCAGCCGCCACCGCGCGCCGAGCGGCCGCCUGAGCCCAAGCUGACGCCGCCUUGGCACCCCUCCUGGAGUUACAAACUAAGGCCGCGGCCCGCGGCGCUCGGCGCGCAGGCCGCCCGGCUCCCUGCGUCCAUUUCCGAGUGCUUUCAAAGAAGACAGAGGCACUGGGUUGGGCUUCGUUUUUUUCCUCCCCAUCCCCAGUUUCUUUCUCUUUUUAAAAAUAAUAAUUAUCCCAAUAAUUAAAGCCAAUUCCCCCCUCCCCUCCCCCAGUCCUUCCCCCCCAACUCCCCCCUCCCCCGCCCGCCUGGGCCGGGGAGCGCGACGAAUUAACCAAGUGAAGCUACAACUUUGCGACAUAAAUUUUGGGGUCUGGAACCAUGUCGCUGACCAACACAAAGACGGGGUUUUCGGUCAAGGACAUCUUAGACCUGCCGGACACCAACGAUGAGGAGGGCUCUGUGGCCGAAGGGCCGGAGGAAGAGAACGAGGGGCCCGAGCCAGCCAAGAGGGCCGGGCCGCUGGGGCAGGGCGCCCUGGACGCGGUGCAGAGCCUGCCCCUGAAGAACCCCUUCUACGACAGCAGCGACAACCCGUACACGCGCUGGCUGGCCAGCACCGAGGGCCUCCAGUACUCCCUGCACGGUCUGGCGGCAGGCGCGCCCCCUCAGGACUCAAGCUCCAAGUCCCCGGAGCCCUCGGCCGAUGAGUCACCGGACAAUGACAAGGAGACCCCGGGCGGCGGGGGGGACGCUGGCAAGAAGCGGAAGCGGCGGGUGCUUUUCUCCAAGGCGCAGACCUACGAGCUGGAGCGGCGCUUUCGGCAGCAGCGGUACCUGUCGGCGCCGGAGCGCGAGCACCUGGCGAGCCUCAUUCGCCUCACGCCCACGCAGGUCAAGAUCUGGUUCCAGAACCACCGCUACAAGAUGAAGCGCGCCCGGGCCGAGAAAGGUAUGGAGGUGACGCCCCUGCCCUCGCCGCGCAGGGUGGCUGUGCCCGUCUUGGUCAGGGACGGCAAACCGUGCCACGCGCUCAAAGCCCAGGACCUGGCAGCCGCCACCUUCCAGGCGGGCCUUCCCUUUUCGGCCUACAGCGCGCAGUCGCUGCAGCACAUGCAGUACAACGCCCAGUACAGCUCGGCCAGCACCCCCCAGUACCCGACAGCACACCCCCUGGUCCAGGCCCAGCAGUGGACUUGGUGAGCGCCGCCCCAACGAGACUCGCGGCCCCAGGCCCAGGCCCCACCCCGGCGGCGGUGGCGGCGAGGAGGCCUCGGUCCUUAUGGUGGUUAUUACUAUUAUUAUAAUUAUUAUUAUGGAGUCGAGUUGACUCUCGGCUCCAUUAGGGAGGCAUCGGGAGGUUGCCUGCGUCUCCUUGGAGUGGCAGAUUUCAUCCACCCAGUUCUGCCCAUGCCUCUCCUUCUGAACCUUUGGAGAGGGCUGAACUCUACGCCGUGUUUACAGAAUGUUUGCGCAGCUUCACUUCUUUGCCUCUCCCCGGGGGGACCAAACCUUCCCAGCGUUAAUGCCGUCACUUGAAAAAGAGAAAAAGACCGACUCCCCACCCCUGCUUUCGUGAAUUUUGUAAAAUAUGUUUGUGUGAGUAGCGAUAUUGUCAGCCGUCUUCUAAAGCAAGUGGAGAACACUUUAAAAAUAUAGAGAAUUUCUUCCUUUUUU